AUGACGAAAUCACGUGUAGGGCGGCGGCCUGAUGGUCCGGAGGAUGCGAAUCCCAUGAACCGUCGGCUGCCUGCGGAGGUUGUGAGCAGACGAAAAGGCAACGAGCAGAGAGUAGGGCCUGGAAAGGGGACGAAGGAGGAAGCAGCUCCAAGCAACGUCUCAACUGAUCUGAAGCAGGUUCUGGGCAUGAAGCCUGAUGCCCGCGUAAAGUGGUUGGCAAGAGCUGUGCAACAAGCACAUCCGCAGGACGGUCGUUUGGCGCCCAAGACGAUCUAUGAUAUCAUUGCGCAUGCCAAAUUUGCCAACGAUGUAAGCGAGAAGGCAGGCCAGCGCAUGUAUCGCGUGGUCCACGCCAACCUGUCGCUCUUCUCGACCCGGCAGCAGAAGUUUCUCGAGAAGGAGUGCGCGCUGGCAAAGCAGUUCGCUGCCUCGGCUUUUGCCGCAGCUCAAGCAGAAGACGAGGACAAGGCUGCUGCUACCAUGGAGGACAUGAUGGCUCGCUGCCGUGCAUUCGUGCGGGAACGGCAAAGCGAAAGGGGAGAGAGAAAUGACAAAGAAGGUAACGAAGAAGGUGAGCAGGAAGAUGUAGAGGCCGGACUGGAGCCGGCAGACCUGCAGACCCACACCGAGCUUGCGGAGCCUUCACUGCAGGAUCAAGCUGCGGAUGUGAAGGUAUCGGUGAACCCAGCUGAGGGAGCGCCAGCACGCGAGGCCAGCAAGAGUCGCAGUGACGGUGGCAAUCAUGAGGACCCUGGCCAGGUGGCUGAAGCAAGCGCAGAGCCACUCGAGAAGAAGCCACCAGUGAAGAUCAAAGGCACCAUCGCCGAGAAGAUCGCAGAAGCCGCUAAAGCCGAGGAUGAGAAGGAGCAGGAAAGAGAGGCGAAGACCAAAAAGGAUAGAGUGAAAGGCAAAGUCAAAGGCAAAGCAGACAAGAAUGGUCUGAAGGAUAGAGACGGCAGCGGCGAAGAUAGAGCGAAGAAGGUGAAGGCCAAGGAUAAGAAGAGUAAGCAUGAUCGCAAAAGACAUGGGAGGCGCAGCACCGCAUCCUCCAGCUACAGCGACAGGGACCGAAGCAAGUCCCGAAGUCACAGCCACCGCAAAGACGCCAAGAGGAGUGGCAAAGCCAAAGGGAAAUCCCACCACUCGUCUGACUCAAGUGGAAGGAAGCGCAGAGAGAGAAGCGCCUCAAGCUCCAGAUCACAUGGCAAGAGGCGAAAGUGA